AUGGCUCAACCUAAUUUUACCCAUCAUGAAACUGCAGAAGUCUCAGCCACGAAGAGCGAAUUCGAACACGAGGAAUCUUUGAGCCGUGUUUCGCAUCAUGGUCAGGUCGAUAAGGAGCUUUCUCAGUAUGUCACAGAUGUCACGGUCGAGAUAUCGAGCGAACGUAAUAAAGACCUUGUGCGCAAACUCGAUAAGCGCGUCCUACCCGUCCUCGUCGUUGCCUGUCUCCUGCAAGCACUCACUCAAAGCACCCUGCCCUUUGCGUCAAUCAUGGGUUUGAUCGACGACAUGGGCAUGCGAAGGCCGGACGGGAGAACGUCCCAGCAGUAUUCCUGGCUGACGACUGGCAUGUACAUUGUCAUGCUGGUGGCCGAAUACCCUCAGAAUUAUAUCCUUUCAAAGGUUCCUCUUGCAAAAUAUCUCGGCUUCUGUAUGAUGUGUGAAGGGGUUAUUGUAGCCACCCAUGCAGCGUGUGUGAACUUCAAAGGUCUGAUUAUAGGGAGAUGCCUGCUUGGGAUUUUCGAAGCGGCAUGCCAGCCGUGCUUGGUGCUGAUAUCCGUCAUGUGGUACCGCAAAGAAGAGCAGGUUGUCCGAAUCCCAAUCUGGUACAUGAUGUCUGGGGUACAGCAAAUCAUCGGAGGUCUCUUGGCCUAUGGUUUUACGUACGUCAGCAAAGGGCCGCUUGCUGCCUGGGAAUGGUGGUUCAUCUUCAUUGGCCUCCUCUUGGUUGCUUGGGGGUCGUUCAUCAUUUACUGGCUACCUGACUCCCCAACACGUGCCAAGUGCUUCACAGUCGAGGAAAAGCGGGAUAUGAUCGAGCGUGUUCGUGACAACCAGACUGGUAUUCAAAACAGACAAUUCAAACGCGAGCAAGCGAUUGAAGCCCUGCUUGACCCACAGGUUUGGGCCUAUUCUGUUAUCAACUUAUGCACCACAUUGCCUACAGUUGGGUUGUCAUCUUUUGCGAACAUCAUAAUUAAAAGCUUUGGAUAUUCAGCGAGAAAUAGCCAGCUCUUAUCCAUGCCUCUUGGGCUCUAUGUAAUGGUUAUCCUUCUUUCAGCCUCGUGGUUUGCUAAGAGAACAAAUCAAAAUGUUCCCGUGAUGCUCGUGUACAUGAUCCUGUCUUUUGUUGGGACCAUUCUUCUUAUGACCAUCUCAGAGGAUACAAAGAGCCAGCGUAUUGGUCUCCUUUUGUGCUACUACAUCACUUUUUCUUUCUGGGCGACUACAGCUCUGAGCCUGUCGUUGCUAUCGAGGAACAUAGCUGGGCAGACUAAGAAAAUGGUCACUCUCACACUUACAUUCAUCAUGUGGGCUGUUGGUAAUUGUGUCGGACCCCAGGUCUUCCUGGCGUGGGAUGGUCCACGAUACUUCAUAGCAUUUGCAACCCAUCUUGGAUGCUACUCCCUUCUGGUAAUUGUCCUGGUAGCCUUGCGUUGGUACCUGCAGAAACAGAAUAAUUAUAGAGAUUGUCUGGCUGCAGAAGGAGUACAGCAGGCAGACCCUAGGGACAGAUCAAGAGCAUUUGACGACCUGACCGACAAAGAAAAUUUGUCUUUUAGGUACGCGUUCUAA